UUGUCAGGUGGCGCUGUCGCUGUGGAAAGAUGCGAUCAGCGAGGAGCGGAGGCUUAGCUUUAAUUGCUCAUUUCGGCAACAGAAGCUGAGCUCUCCUCGAAGCCGAAUUCUCUGUAGUGUGUGCUGCGUUAGAGAGAGUACCCCGCACACUCACCGCAGCGUUUACCCAAAGAAAUGUCCACGUUAUAAGGAGAAGAGACAGACUUUACCCGGCGGUUUCGGUUCGAGAGCUCCAGUAUGUCCAAGCGGCGUUUGUCGGAGAGGGGGGCUGGAGAGUCAUCAGGCAGGGCCAGCAAACUGCAAUGUCCUGGGAUAUCCGGUAGUAACGCCAAGAGAGCCGGGCCCUUCAUCCUUGGGCCUCGCCUGGGCAACUCACCAGUGCCCAGCAUAGUGCAGUGUCUGGCCCGAAAAGACGGUACAGAUGACUUCUAUCAGCUCAAAAUCCUGACGCUGGAGGAGCGAGUGGAUUCUGCGGGCGAGACUCAGGAGGAGAGGCAGGGGAAGAUGCUGUUGCACACAGAGUAUUCCCUCCUGUCUCUACUGCACAACCAGGAUGGGGUCGUCCACCACCAUGGCCUCUUUCAGGACCGAGCCUAUGAAAUUGUAGAGGACAUGGAGGCCAACAAAGUGCGCAAGAUGAAGAAGCGGAUCUGCCUGGUGCUGGACUGUCUAUGUGCUCAUGACUUUAGUGACAAGACGGCAGAUCUAAUAAACCUCCAGCAUUACGUUAUAAAAGAGAAGCGGCUAAGCGAGCGCGAGGCCAUUGUCAUCUUCUACGAUGUGGUGCGUGUGGUGGAGGCCCUUCAUAAGAAAAACAUUGUGCACAGAGACCUAAAGCUGGGAAAUAUGGUGCUGAACAAACGGACUCACCGAAUCACUAUUACCAACUUCUGCCUGGGAAAACACCUGGUGAGUGAAGACGACCUGCUGAAAGACCAGAGAGGAAGCCCAGCCUACAUUAGCCCUGAUGUAUUAAGUGGUCGGCCGUACCGUGGGAAACCCAGCGACAUGUGGGCUCUUGGUGUGGUCCUCUUCACAAUGCUAUAUGGCCAGUUUCCCUUUUAUGACAGCAUACCUCAAGAGCUCUUCCGCAAAAUCAAGGCUGCAGAGUACUCCAUCCCAGAGGACGGCCGUGUGUCAGAGAACACAGUGUGCCUGAUCCGAAAGCUGCUGGUGCUGGAUCCACAGCAGAGGCUGACUGCAGGAGAGGUGCUGGAGUCGCUCAGUGCCAUCAUUGCCUCAUGGCAAUCUGUUUCAUCAUUGAGUGGCCCUCUGCAGGUGGUGCCAGAUAUUGAUGACCAGAUCAAUCACCCAGAACAUCUGCAAGAGGCCAAGGUGAUAGAAGAGUCGUCGCAGUACGAGUUUGAGAACUACAUGCGGCAGCAGCUGCUGUUGGCUGAAGAGAAGAACACUAUCCACGAGGCCAAGAGCUUUCUCACCAAGCGUCAGUUUGGCAGCAUUCCACCCGUGAGGCGUCUGGGCCACGACGCCCAGCCCGUCAGCCCGCUGGACGCUGCCAUCCUGGCACAACGUUUCCUCCGGAAGUAGUCUCCAGCCACCCCCCCCCCAUCCUAGCCGCUCUGGUCUCCUCAGGGAGUUAAGGACACCUGUGGAGUCCAGAGAGGACAGAGGAGAAGCUGAACUUGAAUAUCCCACCCCCCCUCCCCUGAACCAGGGACACAGGUGCCCAGAAUCCCAAAGGUGGGCUUUUGGGGCGAGCUAGUUGGAGCAGGUCAUGAGGAGGCCACAAGAACAAACUGCCAAACCAGAACUCGACUCCUCAUGCCUGGAUCCUCUAGUGAAACAUGGAAAGGCCUGGAGGAGGAUAUGAACCAAAGGUUCUUUGCCCUCAGGUCACCCACAAGUCAGAUCACACUGUGCAAUUAAACCUGAUGGCACAGUCUCACAAGUGGGCUAACACAAGGCUCUGCCUCAAGUGUUGAAGAGACAAUUUAAUCCCAUAUCCCUCCUCCUCCUCCUCCUCCUCCUCCUGCUCUUGCUCCACCUCCAGGGUCCCCAUACUGUAACACUUUACCCAUCAACUCUGGAUCUCCUGAGCAAUACAGGACCAGAAUCAUGUAGCAACCCAUUUCUCUUCCCAGUGGUUAAUGUUAUUGCCUCAAGUAAGAUCACCAGAUCACAACAAUCACCUCUCUAUACCUCCAUCCCACCCUCUUCUUUCCACUCCUUCCUCUCUUCUGUUUUGAUCUAGAGUCUGACUUCAGAAUCAAUCUACCUCUCUGUCUCUCUUCUCUGUUGGUAAACCAUGCUCACUGUUCUGAGACAAGGGAUUGUAACAAUGGAGUCUUGAUGCUACCAGUGAUAUAAAGCAUUAAUGUUUUCCGUCAGAGUGACGGUGCUCUGAAACCUUUUUUUUUUCUUUUUUUUUUAAACAGUGGUUUCGAAAAAAAUCUGAAUAAGCUUUUUUAUCAAAUUACCAUAAUACGUAGCAUUUUAUCCCUAACCUUGCUUUAAAGAUAUCGGAUAUCAAAGUACAAACAUUCUUUGAUCUUUACAGAAUGCAUUGUCUCCUGCUUUUGCUUUUGCCCCUGUGGAAAAUAACUAUUUUUUAGCAUCUAGGCAGCUAGUGUGAGGUACCUGGAAGUCACAAUGCCAAGAACUGAAUGAAGGGGGGGGGGAGAAACUGUCGGCUCCUCGCUGCCAAGGCAAGUUAAUGGUAACGCUUCCUCAGUGCCAUUAUAGUGAAGAUUAGGCACGGUCAUGUCUCUGUUGCCAAAAAGAAACAUGUCUUAAAAUGACUCUCAGCCAAGGAAACUGGUACCCACAGUAAUCCUCAUUCAGAAUCACAUGACUUCCAGGGAUUCCAUCUUCCCUGUUUCUCAACAUCAUCAAGACAAAUCUUUUUUUUUUUGGGGGGGUGGGGUGGGGGGGACAAGUGUUGUUCAGUAUGAAUGUGAACCAUCAUUCUACACUUUAAAAUGUCUGCAGUAUCCAUAAGUGUGUGCGUGUGUGUGUGCGUGUGCGUGUGUGUGUGUGUGAGAGAGAGAGAGUGUGUGUGUGGGGCUGUUAAACGCUGUAAGCUUCUCCACUCUUUGUGUUCCCGUCUCUGGCCUGCCUCAGCGGCAGACACUGUGAAAAACCAGAGUCGACUUAAAAUAACAAACAAACAAAAACAAAAAACAUUUUAUCGAUGAUCAUGGACGCUCUCUUAAGAUCAGGAAAUGUUGCGGAUGGGUUGCCAUUCCCGCGCUGCCUCUCCAGUUCAACUUGUACAUGUGUGUUAGGGAGAGAGCAGCUGCUGUGCUGGCAGUCCAUACUGUAAUAUUCCAUCUCUCUCUCGCUCUCUCUUAUUGAAAGUGUUUCUUCAAACCAUGGCAAAGCUACAAACCAGUGACUGUUAGGCAUCUGUACACUGCAACUUGCCUUUGUGUAUUGGUACCUGCUUCAGAUUCUCUAGAUUUCUUUCUAUUUAUAUUCAAACCGAUUGCAUGAACAUAGGCUCUGGAAUAUUUCAAAUGUUGUCAAAUCUGCUUUGUUUUUUUUUUUUGUUUCCCCUUUUUGUAAUUUUCUCGUUGAUUUAUUUAUUCACUAGUGUAGACGAACGCCCACUCACCCACCUGACCUCUAAACCACUGGUGCUUGUUUCACAGUUCGUCGUUUUGAAAACGAGGAUAUGUGUCUAUCUUGUGUUAGCGAUGCCGGUGAAACAGGCUCCACAUCUGUUCUCACAGCUUUAAGAAGUGUCGUUGGCUCUAACAUUAGCUCUAUUCUUUCACCUAAUUUAAUCUAAUCUGCAAUCCUCCCAGCCACAUUCAUGAACAAGUAGCAUCUUUUGUUUUUUUUCCUCUCUCUCGUUUGGGUUCUGGAGUCAUUUUUCUGUGGUCAAAUUAAGCUACACUAAUAAUAAGACUGACAUUUGCAUAGAUCUAUUUUUAACCGAAUGAAACUCACACGUUAUCUUGAUUCACAGGAGGUUUUUGUUUUUGUGAUGUUUUUGUUUUGUUUUCCUCCCCCCACCCCUCUUAAGACUGCACUCUGGUCAGUAUGUAAAUAAUGCUCCGUCACGACUGUGCCAGUCAUAUUGUAUGUACAGUAGUUCCACCCAGUGAGAUACCAACGCUGUUUCAACACACGCUGAUUGACGUGCGUUUAUGGGCCACGUUGGCCGUCGACCACCACAUCUGGAGGCUAAAAUAAUAUGUAAAGAGAGCUUGUCUGCUUUCUCCCACCUCAAUGUGAAUUCCAUAGGUAUACGGCAGUAUUGUAGUAGUCUAGGUCGUCCAUCGGGAGGGUGUUUUGUUUUUUUCCAUUUUAUUUUCAUGAACACUGAAGCCAUCGCUGAAUGCUAACAAAGUGAUCGUCCGUGGAAAUGUCUUAACGCCAUCAUCCAUGACAGAUUAGUAACCGGAGGUUCAGUUUGACCCCUGAUGUCGAUGUUUUUAUCUGUGCCCCCCCCCCCCCCACACACACCCACACACACACACACACCAUAAAGAAAAAGUGUUUGGUCACAUUCUAGCUAGUGAAUUGUACCACAUUCAAUGUUGGUUUUGACACGUUGUCACAUUGUCAGACUGCAAUGUGAGCUGAAAAGCAUGGAAAGUAGUGUGAGGUUCAACUGUGUAAAACACGUGACUGUUGCAUGAUUUAGAACUCGCAAGUGUGUGCGCCGGAGGUAGAAGAUGCCGAUAAUUCAACUCGUUUGGGUCCUAAAAAUAAAAACCAGUGCGAGAAUUUAUUUAUUAUACACCCCCCCCCCCCCCCCCCAACAAACCCCGAAUUUGAAUGGAAAGUCUAAAUUCUAUCAGUUUCAGAAGGAUUCUAUUUUUCUUGUCUGAUUUACAGUUAAGCCAUUGGUACAUGACCAAUAUAUUACUGACCGUUUCAACUGGAAACCUAGUGUAGGAUAAGAAAUGUGGUGUAGUUCAAACCCAGUGGGAUGAUGUGUUGUAAGCUGCUUGGUCAGUCAUGGGCGUCUAGAUACAGAAAACUGCAUAAUUGUACAGAUGAAAACAUGUUUGUAUAAAAAGCAUAUUUUUCUACUUCAUCAGAUCUCUACAUGCAUGUCAGCAAUAAACUUUGAUAUGGAAACAUU